AUGAAAUUAACACAAAUCAACUAUCAAGAGGACGAAAUAACAAAGGAUUAUUUGAUUGGAGAUUCUUGUCUAAUCAAUAAUUUCGAAUUAAAAGAUACUAGGAAUGAUGAAAUGAAGAGUUUAGAAUUUAUUUCCGAUAACAAUUCAUCAAUUUGUUUGUAUGGUUUCCUUCAAAAACAUCCAAGAAAUACAACAAAUUCUUUCUUCGUUAAGAUUUUACAUUUAAAACAGUGGAAUUUUAGUGAAAGUGGAGAUAUUAUUGUACAAUCAUCAAGAUAUUGGUACAAAUUAUUGAAUCCAUCCCCUGAAUAUGCUCCAACAUUUGAUUUGUUCGAGCAAAGACAUAAUCUAUGGAGAGAAUUAAAACCUAUUUUGAUGAGUUGGACGAGCGAUUUAUCUAGAUGUGAGGAAGAAGAUGAAUUGAGCAUGAUUAAAAACAACAUUACUAUUGAAAAAGUUUUGCAAAAAUUACCGAACACAAAUGAAGAUUAUCUAUUAGACCAUGCCCAAUUUUUAUAUGAUCAAAUACUUCAAGAUACCUCAUCCUUUUCCAUUCAUGGAUCUGAUGUGAAUCAAAUGAUGAACACUCCAUUACUAUUCUCAUUAAAAGAGAACCGAUUCAAAAAGAAAGAAAAUCAAAUGAUCAAAAUUACAAAAGAAACUGCCUUGAUGGAUGGUAUAGAGCUAUCAGAUUCUGACUCAUAUGACGAAAAGGAUUUUGGUACCACAUCUGAAGAUGAAAGUGAGGAUACUAAUAGUGAGCCCACACAAAGUAAAUCAAAAAGAAGAAAAUAUAAAAAGAGAGAAACUCCUAAUAAGAAGAAAAAAACCAAUCAUGAAGAAAAGGGUAAAAGACAAAAGAAGGCUAUGAAACAAGUAUACACAACAGCACACAAAAUGGAAGAAGGAAUACCUUCACGAAAUUAUUUUUUAGAAAAAGAAUUUUCACCUCAACUCCUUUCUGAGUUGAGUGUGAAAUAUGAACCUGGAAUAUGUCAUUCUGGUAAGUUGAUUGAUUUUACAUUCCUUAAUAACUUGAAUUUCUAA